AUAUCCUGAAAACCCAACGGCAAGAAACUAAGCCCAUAGAUGGCACUCUCCUCGGCCACAGCCAAUUUCACUCGCUGCUACCCCAUACCCAUAUGGUCUGUAAAGACCUCAUUCCAUACUAUCGCUAGACUAAUCAUCAAGAGACACAGCCAACACCAAGGUUGGAAGAGAAUGGCUUCCAAAACAACAUCAUUAUCACCAUCACCAACCGAAGGACCUCAACAGAAGCUCACUUUACCCUACGGUUCUUGGAAGUCUCCCAUCACCGCCGACGUCGUCUCUGGCGCUGAAAAACGCCUCGGAGGCACCGCCGUUGACUCCCUCGGCCACCUUUUCUGGCUCGAAUCCCGCCCCACCGAAUCAGGACGGGUGGUCCUUGUUAAAGAAGCAGAGAAACCUGGGGAUGAACCGAUUGAUAUUACGCCGAAGGAGUUCGCGGUGAGGACUGUGGCUCAAGAAUACGGAGGUGGUGCAUUCAGUAUUUAUGGGGAUACUGUGAUUUUCUCAAAUUACAAGGAUCAAAGAUUGUACAAGCAGUCAAUUAGUUCUGAAGAUUCUACUCUGGUGCCGCUUACUCCUGAUUAUGGUGGACCAAUUGUGUGUUAUGCGGAUGGAGUGUUUGAUUCACGCAAUAACCGUUAUGUUACUGUUAGGGAAGAUCGCCGUGAGAGUAGUUUGAACCCAACCACAACUAUUGUAUCAGUAGACCUCAGCAAUAACAACAUCCAAGAACCAAAAGUAUUAGUUGGUGGCAAUGACUUUUAUGCCUUCCCCCGUAUGGAUCCCAAAGGAGAACGAAUAGCAUGGAUUGAAUGGGGCCACCCAAAUAUGCCAUGGGAUAGAUCCGAACUUUGGGUUGGCUAUCUUUCUGAAAAUGGGGAUAUCAACAAUCGCAUAUGUGUUGCUGGUGGUGAUCCAACUCUCGUGGAGUCUCCGACCGAACCCAAGUGGUCCUCUCAAGGCGAACUAUUCUUCAUUACUGAUAGAAAAAGUGGGUUCUGGAAUCUCUAUAAAUGGAUUGACUCCGAUAAUCAGGUGCUGCCAGUUUAUUCCUUGGAUGCUGAGUUUGCAAGGCCUUUAUGGGUAUUUGGGAUGAAUUCUUAUGAAUUUGUUCAGAGUCAUGGGCAAAAGAACUUAUUUGCUUGCAGUUACAGGCAGAAUGGGAGGUCAUACCUUGGAAUUCUGGAUGAUGAUCGGGGAACGUUAACCACGCUUGAUAUUCCUUUCACAGACAUAAUUAAUAUUACUUCAGGGUUUCAUUGCCUAUAUGUUGAAGGAGCUUCUGCAACCCAUCCACUAUCAAUAGCUAAGGUGGCUUUAGAUGAUCAGAAAUCAAAGGCAGUGGAUUUCAAGAUUAUUUGGUCUUCCUCACCAAGUAGUAAAAAGUACAAAUCAUACUUUAGCUUGCCCGAAUUGAUCAAAUUUCCAACAGAAAUUCCUGGUAAAAAUGCCUAUGCAUACUUCUACCCACCGACCAACCCCCUUUAUCAAGCUAGUCCAGAAGAAAAACCUCCAUUGCUAUUGAGGAGCCAUGGAGGGCCUACAGCUGAGACACGUGGAAUAUUAAAUCUUUCCAUCCAGUAUUGGACCAGUCGUGGUUGGGCAUUUGUGGAUGUGAAUUAUGGUGGAAGCACUGGUUAUGGUAGAGAAUAUAGAGAAAGGCUUUUGGGACAAUGGGGAAUCAUUGAUGUUAAUGACUGUUGCAGUUGUGCUAAUUUUUUGGUGGAUAGUGGAAAGGUAGAUGAAGAAAGACUAUGUAUUACUGGGGGCUCUGCUGGUGGGUACACCACACUGGCUGCACUUGCUUUCAGAGAGACAUUUAAGGCUGGAGCUUCAUUGUAUGGUGUAGCUGACUUAAAAUUAUUGAGAGCUGAAACUCACAAAUUUGAAUCUCACUAUCUUGAUAAUCUUGUUGGAGGAGAAAAUGAUUACUUUGAGAGGUCGCCCAUUAAUUUUGUUGAUAAGUUCUCUUGCCCCAUAAUUUUAUUCCAGGGAUUGGAGGACAAGGUUGUCCCCCCUGAGCAAGCACGUAAAAUCUAUCAUGCAUUGAAGGAAAAAGGGUUGCCCGUUGCUCUUGUGGAGUAUGAAGGAGAGCAACAUGGUUUUCGCAAGGCUGAAAACAUUAAGUUCACACUGGAACAGCAAAUGGUGUUUUUGGCGCGAUUGGUGGGUCAAUUCAAGGUGGCAGAUGAAAUCACUCCCAUCAAAAUAGAUAACUUUGACUGAGGGUUGGGUAUUUGAGGUAUCUGAUCCGGAAACUAUGAAUCUCUUUCUCUGUGUCCUACCUGAAUGAUCUAUAACUUUGUUGGUUAAGAGAGUUUACUUCGUAAUGUUUUUUGCUGGAGAAGUGAAGUGAAAAUACUUGUGUUCAGAAAGGUUUGUGGAACUGUUCCUCUAGUCCUAUGAAAUAUUUACAUUAGAUGCAUGUUGACUCAGUAUAGACAUCAAUACAACAAUUCAUCUUGUUUCUUGUGGGUCUAGCACAUUUUAAUCUUAUAGUAUUAAGACAUAUUUUGUUUAUUCAUCCUAGUCAUCUAGUGUUGCGUCCGGAACUUUAUGUUUAUUCCGUAUAACCAGCGGCGGAUUCACAAAAAUGUGGGGUGUAAGUAUAAUUUUAAAAAAUUUAGAAUUUAUUAGACAUUUGCCCCCAUUAAAAAGUUUUAAAAAAAUUAUUGGGCUUGUAGCUCUCUUUGUG